AUGACUAGUUUGACUGACCAGUUGCAAUCCGGUUUUCACAUAUCUUCAUCUAUCAAUUCAAACAAAAAUGCAUUCAGUUACCAAUUGAGCUCAAGUCCAAUAUUAUCCUCUGUUACACCUGCCCAGUUGUUCUUACUCAAAAAAAGACAACCAUUGCAACAACAACAACAACAACAACAAUCUUUGUUGACCUCUUAUGACGAUUCCAACAAUAUCACCUCAAACUCUACCACUACAACCAUUGAAAAUGAAAAUAACAAUAACAAUAUAAUUAAGACUCAAAUCAAUCAAAUCAAUGAAUUCUCUCCAUCUCCAGAGCUAAUUGAGCUAUACUCAAACGUUAAAUACUGUCUCAACUUAAGGAAAAAAUACCAAUCUAUAUCUUUACAAAGACAUCACGAUAACUGUAAAAAUUUUAAAGAUUGGAAAAUAUACCCUCCUCCUCCAAAACCAGUUUGGAAUCCCUCCGAAAAGACUUUAAAUUUUACCAAUUCUUCAAAGAUCACCUUUUCUGAUGACGAUUUUCAAUUUGACGAUUGUUUUAUCCCAGAAGUCGACUCUACGAUUGAUUUUGCAAUAGACCAUAACAGUGUCUAUCAAAUAUACCAUCCUUCAGAUUUAAAUUUUCCAAUUAUUAAUGUUCCAACCAUAAAGGACUACUAUAUGGACCUCGAUCAAUUAAUUACAAUCUCAUCCGACGGUCCUUCAAAAUCUUUUGCUUAUAAAAGAUUGCAAUAUUUAGAAGCCAGGUGGAACCUAUAUAAUUUACUAAAUGAAUACCAAGAAACAGCAGACUCUAAAAAGAACCCUCAUCGAGACUUUUACAACGUUAGAAAAGUUGACACUCAUGUUCAUCAUUCUGCUUGUAUGAAUCAAAAACAUUUGCUAAGAUUCAUUAAACACAAAAUCAGAUUUUUUCCCGAGGAAAGCGUAAUAUUCCGAGAUAACAAAAUAUUGACUUUAAUCCAAGUAUUUAAAUCCUUGAAUUUAAAUUCCUACGAUCUAUCAAUCGAUACUUUAGAUAUGCAUGCACACAAGGAUACUUUUCAUAGAUUCGAUAAAUUCAAUUUAAAAUAUAAUCCAAUCGGUGAAUCAAGAUUAAGAGAAAUCUUUCUCAAAACUGAUAACUUUAUCAAGGGCAAAUAUUUAGCUGAAAUUACUAAACAGGUAUUCAGCGAUUUAGAACAAUCCAAAUACCAAAUGGCUGAAUAUAGAAUCUCUAUUUAUGGCAAAUCAAUAACUGAAUGGGACAAACUAGCCGAGUGGAUAAUCGACAAUAAAGUCAUUAGUCAUAACGUAAGAUGGUUAAUCCAAAUUCCAAGAUUGUACGAUAUCUACAAAAAGGGUAGUAUUGUUGAUAAUUUUGAAUCGGUUAUUAAAAACUUGUUCCAACCAUUAUUUGAAGUCACUAAAAACCCAAAAUCUCAUCCAAAAUUACAUAUUUUCUUACAAAGAGUAAUUGGGUUUGAUUCCGUUGAUGAUGAAUCAAAAAUCGAUAGAAGAUUUCACAAAAAGUAUCCUGUUCCAAAAUUAUGGAAUCUUAACCAAAAUCCUCCCUACACCUACUACCUUUACUAUCUUUUUGCUAAUUUAACAUCAUUAAAUAGCUGGAGACAAAAAAGAGGUUUUAACACAUUAGUUUUAAGACCACAUUGUGGUGAAGCAGGAGACCCAGAACAUUUAUGUUCAGCAUAUUUACUCGCAGAGGGGAUUUCGCAUGGGAUCCUAUUGAGAAAGGUCCCAUUUGUUCAGUAUCUAUACUACCUAGAUCAAAUUGGAAUUGCAAUGUCACCAUUAUCAAAUAAUGCUUUGUUUUUAACGUAUGACAAAAACCCCUUCCCGGCUUAUUUUAAAAGAGGUCUAAACGUUUCCCUAAGUACAGAUGAUCCAUUACAGUUUUCUUAUACCAGAGAACCAUUGAUCGAAGAAUAUUCAGUCGCAGCUCAAAUUUAUAAAUUAAGCAACGUUGAUAUGUGUGAGUUGGCAAGAAAUUCAGUUUUAAUGAGUGGAUUCGAAGAUGAAAUUAAAAGAAAUUGGUUGGGUGAUAACUAUAUAAAAAGGGGCCCAGAAGGCAACGAUAUCCAAAAGACAAACGUUCCCAACAUUAGAUUGGCCUAUAGAUAUGAAACGUUGAUGACAGAGCAUGAGUUAAUUGACAAAUAUGUGGCAAUGAAAGAUUUUUACCUUGAUGAUUAA